AGCGCCGUCCACAGAGGAGCCUCCACAGGAACAUCACAUCACAGCAGCGGCGACGGCGAAGAUGCUGGCGGCUAUCUUGGAGCCGCUGGGCCUGGGCCUGUGCACGUGGGGCUCAAUGCUGGUGAUGGUGGCGUGCGUGCUGCCCACGUGGAAAGUGACAGCCUUCUUGGACUCCAACAUCGUGGUGGCGCAGACCAUGUGGGACGGUCUGUGGAUGUCGUGCGUGGUCCAGUCCACGGGUCAGAUGCAGUGCAAGGUGCACGACUCCAUGCUGAGUCUGCCGCGCGACCUGCAGACGGCCCGCGCCCUGACGGUGGUCUCGGUCGUGCUGGGCGUGCUGGCGCUGGCCGCCACGUUGGCGGGGGCGCAGUGCACCAACUGCAUCCGCCAGGAGGUGCUCAAGGCCCGCGCCGUGUACGCCGGCGGCCUCGUCUACGUCGUCAGCGGCGUGCUCGUUCUGGUUCCGCUCUGCUGGAUGGCCGGCAACAUCAUCACGGACUUCCACGAUCCCAAGGUGCCUCCCUCCAAGAAGAGGGAGAUCGGGGCCGCCAUCUACAUUGGCUGGGCCGCCGCCGCGCUCCUCCUGCUGGGGGGCGGACUCCUCUGCUGCUCUUUUGGCCGUGCGGCAAGAAACCCUUACCCCGUCGAGUACACACACAGCGAGAAGAAGCUCUAUGUGUGAACCAAAACUGAACCAGAACCAACAUUAUUUUCAACUCAUCAAUACUCCUAUUCAUCGAUGACUUGUGUGGACACUUGAUUAGGUACACCCUCUAAUGAUUUUUACCUGUAUGAAAUGUAAAUAUGCAAAUGAGGAUCCACUUUUUGAUGUUUUUGUACUUUUAUAAAGCUCUUUAAAUAAA